AUGUUACCGCAAGCGCUGCGCUCAUCAACCAACGUCGAGCAGAUUAAGCCAUUCUCCCAGGCUACUGAUAUUGCGGCCCCCGUUGCCGCCAUCAAGGCAGCGUUUGUCGAGAUUGCUGCUUCGUUCAAGAACGCCACCGAUGCCAUCAAGGCCGGUGCCCUCCCAAUUGGAGCCCGCCAGCUCCCCACCGACCCAACUGCCAUCGCCGCCAAAAUCGCUGCCAAGCUCUGGCAAGAACUCAGCAACCCUCUUCUUGAGGGUUUCACCCAAGUCAUGAGCACCCUCGAGAUGAUCCCUGGCGUCAAUGUUGUUUUGGACAUUGCCAGAGGUAUCCUCAACAGCAUCCCAGUCCCAGGUCCUCAGGUUACAUGA